AUGCAAAAGAAAAGAACCGCUGAAACUUUAGCUCCAGAAUUAUUCUACUUGAUAUUUCAAAAUUUAGAAGAAGAACCUGUAAAUUUAUUAAAUUGUUCAUUGGUUUCUCGACGUUGGUGUUCUUUCGCUAUCCCGAUACUUUGGAAAAAAUCUUUUAAUAUUUGUUCUUCACAUAAACGAUAUAAAUUGGUUCGAAUCUAUCUUAAAUUAUCUUCUCAAGAAGAAAGAUUUUCAUUUAUUGAUAGUUUAAUAAGUAAAGAUUCUCAAUAUGCUUUAGAAGCAUUUUAUCAAGAAAAAUUUUCUCGUAAACCAGCUUUAUUCAAUUACGCAUCAUUUUUACAACAAUUGGAUUAUUUAAAAUUGGUUGAAUCCGCUUCCCUCUUUUGGGAUCAACUUCGACAUAAAGAGGAUAGAACAACGAUAGUAUUAGUAGAUAAGAAUAAUAAUCGAGUAGAUUUAAAAAAUAUUUCAAUUUCAAAUAUUGAAAAGCUUACUCAUCAUCUUUGGGAUAUUUUAUUAUCACGAGCCAAAGUAACAUUUCUUAAGAUUGAUUCUUCAAGAUCUUACAUUGGUAAAAUGGUAGUGGCACUUCAUAAAUUUAAAUUAUCAAAUUCUUAUUUUUCACGUAUUCAAAAAUUUACUUGUGGAGGUGGAUUUGCUAAAGAUAAUUUAAUUGAUAUCAUGUCACAAAUUUGUCGUGAAAUUGAAGAAAUUACUAUUCUUUCAACUUCGGCAGCUUUUAAUGAAAAAAUUGAUUGGGGUCCAUUAAUUAAAGCUCAAAGAAAUCUUAAAAUUUUAAAACUUCGUUCCGUUCGUUAUGAUCUCACGGGUCUUUAUAAUUCUUUGUCAUCUCAAAUUAAUUCGUUACGUCACGUUAAAUUGGAAUUAUGCCUUUAUCAACAAGGAUUACCUUUAAUAUCACUUGCCACUUGUAAAAAUUUAGAAUCUUUAUCACUUUUUUAUUGUGGAGUUCAUCAAUGUGAAAAAGUUUUAACUGAAUCAUCAUUUAUCGCCCCUUUAAAAUCUUUACAAUUAAAUACGACUUAUAUACAUAAAGAUGAUUUGAUUAAUUUAAUUAUUGGAUCAAAUAAGAAUUUAGAAGAAUUAAUUCUUGAUAUUGAUUUAAAACAUUAUCCAUUCAUUGAUCGUAUAAUUUCGGAUCAUUGUCCAAAUCUUGUAACUCUCACUACCAGUUAUUUUAGUAAAUAUAUUAUAACCAUAAUGAAAAAGUGUAAAAAUUUAGAAAUUCUUAAUGUUCGAAGUACCACCACGUAUAAUAAAGGACGUUCAUUAUAUGAAUCCGAUUUACCAACUCCAGGACAAAUUUUUGAAGAGAUUGCAAUUAAUUCUUCGAAAAAAUUAAAGAAAGUAAUUAUUCAAAUAUCAAAAUUAUUUAAUCCUGAAGAAAUUAAAAAUUUUUUUAAGAAUUGUCAAACGUCAUCAUUGGAAUAUUUGGUAGUAGGAUUUCGUGGAAAUAAAAAAGAAGUUGAGGAAUCAUUUAAUCGAUAUGCCAUAAGGUCUGGAUUUAAUGUCACUAGCAUUAUUUAUGAGAAUAGAGAAGAAUUAAGAGUUAAAUUUAGAAAGAAGUAA